CAAACUACCAUCUCAGGAUCUGGAUUGCGCUCUUUGGUGCUGUAUUCGUCAAUUUGGAAUUAGUGCACCCCGUUCACAAUGGUUCUCCAGGAUUUGGGGCGGCGUAUCAACGCCGCCGUCAAUGACUUGACUCGGUCCCCUAAUUUGGAUGAGAAGGCCUUCGAAGACAUGUUGAAAGAGAUCUGUGCUGCUCUGCUGUCGGCCGACGUCAAUGUCCGUCUGGUUCAGUCCCUCCGCAAAUCCAUUAAAGCCAGCGUCAACUUCUCCUCCCUCCCCGCCGCCGUGAAUAAGAAGCGUCUCAUCCAAAAGACCGUCUUUGAUGAACUCGUUGCCCUCGUCAACCCUCACGCAGAACCUUUCCGACCGAAGAAGGGUCGGUCCAAUGUCAUCAUGUUCGUUGGUCUCCAGGGAGCCGGUAAGACAACGACCUGUACCAAGCUCGCUCGGCACUACCAGAUGCGCGGGUUCAAGACUGCCCUCGUCUGCGCGGAUACCUUCCGUGCCGGUGCUUUCGACCAGCUGAAGCAGAACGCGACCAAGGCCAAGAUCCCCUACUACGGUAGUCUGACGCAAACGGACCCUGCCGUAGUUGCUGCCGAAGGUGUCGCCAAGUUUAAGAAGGAGCGGUUCGAGAUCAUCAUCGUCGACACGAGUGGUCGCCACAAGCAAGAAGAAGAACUAUUCACGGAGAUGACCCAAAUCCAGACCGCGGUAACGCCCGACCAGACGAUCCUCGUCCUCGACAGCACAAUCGGUCAGGCCGCGGAGGCCCAGUCGUCCGCCUUCAAGGCUACUGCAGACUUCGGAGCCAUCAUUAUCACCAAGACAGAUGGUCACGCCGCCGGUGGAGGUGCCAUCUCAGCGGUCGCAGCCACCCAUACCCCGAUUAUCUUCCUCGGAACAGGCGAACAUCUCAUGGACCUGGAACGGUUCGACCCCAAGGCCUUUGUCCAGAAACUGCUAGGCAUGGGCGACAUGGCCGGCCUCGUCGAGCACGUGCAAGCCAUCACCAAGGACUCCGCGGCCGCAAAGGAAACCUACAAGCACAUCUCCGAGGGUAUCUACACAUUACGAGACUUCCGGGAGAACAUCACCUCCAUUAUGAAAAUGGGCCCCCUGUCCAAACUCUCCGGCAUGAUCCCCGGUCUGUCCAACCUCACAGCGGGACUCGACGAUGAAGACGGCUCCAUGAAACUCCGCCGUAUGAUCUACAUCUUCGACAGCAUGACAAAGGUCGAGCUGGACAGCGACGGCAAGCUCUUUGUCGAGCAACCCAGCCGCAUGGUCCGCAUUGCCUGCGGGAGCGGCACCACCGUUCGCGAAGUGGAGGAUCUUCUUUCGCAGCACCGCAUGAUGGCCGGGAUGGCGAAGCGCGUCGGCGGCCAGAAGAAGCAGAUGCAGCGCGCCCAGAACAUGCUCAAGGGCGGGAACAAGGACCAGCAACUUGCCGCUAUGCAGAAGCGUAUGGCUGCUAUGGGCGGGGCGGGCGGCAUGGGCGGCAUGCCUGGUAUGGGGGAUAUGGCGAAGAUGAUGCAGAUGCUGCAGGGUCAAGGCGGCGGUGCCGGUGGAGGUGGAUUACCGGGUCUAGGAGGCAUGGAUCUUCAGGGAAUGAUGAGCCAGAUGAGUGGGUUAAUGGGUGGAAUGGGUGGGUUGGGUGGUCUGGGUGGUGGUGGUGGUGGUGGUGGUGGAGGAAGAGGACGAGGGCGAUAA